ACCAACCCCUCCUUCUGGUGUCUAUUACAUUAUGCCUCAAAUUUCUGCGGAGAGAAAGUAUAUAAGGUGGCAGGCUGGGAUGAGUGGAUCACUGCAGUGGCUCGACUCGUCUGAAUCCAGUCUAUAGACUAAAGGACAUCUGAGCUAAAAAUGGCUUUCGCCGGAAUUCUGAACGAUGGCGACAUCACUGCAGCCCUGGAUGCCUGCAAAGCCGCUGACUCUUUCAGCUACAAGGCCUUCUUCGCGAAGGUGGGACUGAGCAGCAAGUCCGCCGACGAUGUCAAGAAGGCUUUCGCCAUCAUCGAUCAGGACAAGAGCGGCUUCAUUGAGGAGGAUGAACUGAAGCUGUUCCUGCAGAACUUCAGCGCUAGUGCCAGAGCUCUGACUGACGCCGAGACGAAGACCUUUCUGAAAGCUGGAGACUCCGACGGUGACGGCAAGAUCGGCGCUGAUGAGUUUGCUGCCUUGGUUAAGGCGUAAACAGAGUCCGACCAACAGCACUCGCCUUGAAGGAACAACUUUGCCGAAGACCUCUCAUUUUCAUCUGAAUAUAAAUAAUUUUUUUACAUUUGCGUAUGUCCGGCCUCCAGUCUCUCCUCCUAUACAGCACACCGUCCAAAGUGAAGAUGUAAAUGUAGCACCACUUCUGUUUCUUGUCUUAACAUAUGAAUUUUGCUUUCUAUAAAAUCUAUGAUGCACUUUUCGGGAAACGGAUAAUAAGAAAAGAAUAAAUAUUCUUUUGCAGUAA